UUGGCUACAGACCGUUUCAAACUGCUUCGCGUGUUACCACGGAAAUCAUCGCGUUUUAGCUGAGUCUGAGCUGGCUGCUCGGUUGGCUUUUAUCCUGAUUAAGUAACGGCCGGAUAAAGACAGCGAGAGCCCUACAGCGUUUCGUCCUCUACAGCUAUACUCUCCGUUUGAGCAAGAAGUCAAGGGCGAUUUAACUAUCAAUGGAGUACUGGAUGCCGGCUUUCUGUUUAGUUCGAAGCGUGAUCCCGCUGAAAUGAAAUAUCUUCUUCCUGGAAAGGAGCACGAUCAGGAUCAGGAUCAGGAUCACACUGCACCGCAAAGCAAGAAAAAGCCGCUUAAAGGGCUCGUUCAGACCGAACAGGUUUUUGAGCUUAAAAGACGCAGCUAGACGCAGCGCAACGAAUUGAACAGAGCUCUGCUGUAUCUAGACGCGUUUUAACUUGACACGGCGUUUAAAAAACGCGGCGCAAUGGUCAAAGACGUCCGUCUAGCCUAGCGCAUGUUUACAUAGAUAAAAACAACGGAAACAAGCAGGUUUGGUGUGAACGGCCCCUUAAACGGUUAAAACUGCACUUAACCUUGGAAAAAUAGAGAAAUGAGUCGCGACACAGACAGUUGAAUGGUGAGAACUGUUCUCUCUUCCCCUUUUGAGAUAAAACAUCGUUACGAUACACGAUGCGCCGGACUCAUAUGACUGUUCUCACGACGAUCUAUUAAUGUACCACAGUGCAUCUUCAUUUGACGGAGGAAACCGCUACAUUAAUUAUGCACGGGCAGAGCAUGCAUAAUACACCGAGGGGUGACGCUCGGUUUCUGAGACCGGCCGGGUGCGCGACCGUGUCCCACAUGACCUAGUUUCAAAGAGAAGCUUGAAUGCAUGAGAGAUGCAGCCGCAGUGAGAAGCAAAAGAGACCUUCAGCACUAAACAUGCACACUGUUUGCUCACAUGUGUGACCGGGACGAAUGUGGAGAAAGUCUUGUGAACCUCAGGUGACAGAGACGUGACCUGAACGUCACGGCCAGAUCAUUCACAUGGAAAGAGCCAUCCGCAGUGAUCUGUUUAUGUUGUUUUUAAAUGAAUUUACCUCGCCAAUAACUUUCCAGACAUGAGUGAAGAGCAACCUUUGUACCUGCAACAGCAUCGGAUUAUUUAUUUCUGCUGAGCCUGAGACCACUGUCAUUUUUGGACAUGGAGCCACAUGAAUCGCCUUUGCAAGCUGCAAUCUGCACAUAAUUACACUAAAUGCUUCAAAUGGAUUACUGCGCUUUGCUGAAAGAUAAUUACGUUCCUGAAAUCAGUUCUGAAAGCAAUACUGGCUAGUAAAUGACUACCUCCAACAUGAUGUAGUGCUUGCUUUACGUGUUAUCUGUUUAACUUAUCUGAAACAACAUUAAUUCUAAGCUCAGGUGAUCAUUCUGCAGUCUUUGUCUUCUGAAACAGUGUGAACAUUAUUGAACCAGAGUUACAUUCAGCAACCAUGUGGUCAUUGCCAUUAGUACGUCACACUGACGUUCCACCGAGAGUGACUGAGAACUUCAUUUUGUCAGGUUAUCGUUUCCCCAACUACAGCCUCCGGCAGUGCCUGGCCUCUGCUUUUCGUCCCACCAAUGAGACUGGAAACUUCUGGACGCACUUCCUCCCUAUCUUUGUGUUUGCCUUCCACUUUCUGGAGGUGUUUGCGUGGGAAGGAGCGCCAGAACCUAGCAACCCUUUUUUCUACCCUUUCUGGAACUACUUCCUCGGGGUGUUCUACCUGCUGCUAGCCAGCAGCCUGGCUCAUCUACUCAACUCCAUGUCUCUCAUCAUUCGAGAAAUCUGUUUCUUUGUGGACUAUGGAACCAUCAGUGCAUAUACAGUGGGUUCCUCACUGGCAUAUUACUACUACAUCCAUCCUCAAGCAGGAAUUCCAGAGAUUGGGUUGUGGGGACGGAAUGCUUCCCAAAGAAAGGGCCUGGACAUUGACGAGGAGGCGUGGCCCUCUACAUCUCUGCCCUCUCAUCUGUGGGGGUUCCGCACAUUUUUUGAAAGCCUCUACAUUCCGUCCUCCUGCCUGGUUGCUAUCGUAUGUGUCCUCACCUGCUGCAACACCAGACAGCGCUGGCGGAGGUACCGCUAUGCAGUGCGUACCCUCGUCUUCCUAAUCCCCUUUUUCGUAUCCUCCACCCCUGUCUUCUACCGUCUCCUGAGUCCCUCCCCUUACACCCCCCCUGCUCCCUCAUCCUCCUCCCCUGAUUUGUUCUCUACCAUGGCUGCCUUCUUCUACCGCCACUGCUUCUGGCUGGUGGUAUCUGCCAUCUUCAAUAUCAGUAAGAUUCCAGAGCGCUUUUCUCCUGGGAAUUUUGAUAUCUGGGGUCACAGCCAUCAGUGGUUCCAUUGCUGCACCUUCCUGUCCAUUUUGGACGAGCUCCAAAUGAUCAAAGUGGAGAUGCGGGCCCUGCUUCUCAGCCCAGCACUUAUACUGUCGCCUGCAACACCACCUAGGCUCCCUGGACCAACUCUCUGGUCCACUUAUGGGGUUAUGGUGCUCCUGCAGGUGUGUAUAGCGAGCAUCAUAGCCUGGUUUGGCUGGGAUGCAUAUCAUAUCUAUGCACCAGAGCAAAACAAGCUGAAGAGACAUUAGGAAGUGCCACGACAUGUUGGUCAGAUUAAAAACUAUCCAUUAGCACGAGGAUUUUACUCUGUUAAUGUCAUAAUAAGGUUGACCUUCGACACUUGCAGUUUGAACUUUUCUAACAAUAAUUCAAAGUUUGGGGCACUGAUUAAAGGGGGAGUUCACUCAAAUAUAAAUAUUCUGUCAUUUACUCACCCUCAUCCCUUUAAUAGAAAAACAAAAUGCUCAGAGGCAUUAUCAUUUGACCCAAAUUAUGAAUGUUUUAGCAACUUUCAGUGUAAGUGCGGUCAAGGGAUGUUGUUUUCUUGUUGUAGGGCGGCCAAGUGCCCUGCUGCUCUGUAGUCAGCAAGCUGACUGUGCCACAUUUGCUCCCUUGGGAAUGUAUAGAACUUAAGUGAGAAUUUUGAGAACAUUCUGGAACAAACAUUUAAGAGGGAUUUAAAAUGAGGAUCAUUGUUAUUUUAGUAGGAGAUCUUUUAUUGUACUAGCACUCUUUAUCAUUUAACUUGCUACCUGAAAUGGUCUUCCUCUCUAUUCUCUUUUUUAUCUCGCUUUUUCUCUCAUCCACCCACUCACAUUUCCUCCCUCUUUUUAGCAAACCCUUUGAACAGGAAGUGCAGACAAACAGCAUGCAGACAAGCACAAAUAGCUUCAGCCAAAAUGUUUCGAGGCUGAGGGAAAUGAGAGGGGUGCGGUUUCAUGCUGCUUUACACCUAGCGCUGCACUUUACAACCCUUAUUUUGAAUGAAUUUUACAGCUUCCCUCAAUCACUACUAUGAAUUAUAGAUUUUAAUUAAGAUGAGAGACAACACAGGUAGUAAAUGUAGAUUUCAAUAUAAAUACUGUAUCUAUUUUAAUCUAUGCAUGGCAGUUGAUUGUACACACUUUUCCAUAACUUGACAAUUGGUUUUAAGGCCUAGAAUUGAUUGGAGGACUGAAUGGAGAAAAACAAAGCCAUAUCAUUGUUUUAAAAACAUAUCAGCAAGUACUGUUUUUUUACAUUAAAGGCCAGUUUUGCAGAAGCAGAUUAACUGUAGUCAUAGACUACACAAUAUUAUCAGUGGCAGAUCAGCAUUAUUAAAACUUAGUCCAGGUGUAAGGAUUCAACCUAGUUGUGUACAGCCUUGAGGGUCUCACUGGGCUUUCUACUGGUAAACUGAGAUUUCAUUCAACCAGUCGGAUGCUUUCGGUAAGCGGUGCUCUUAUGAGUGUGCUAAGUGCUGUAGUGAAACACUGACUGAUAAUACUUGCAGUGUAUUUAGUCUGAGAGUAUGGUGUGGUUUAACAAUAUUUGUGAAUUUCUGCGUCAACAUUUGUCAGUCUACUGCAUGUGUUUCUGUUGCUGUGAAUGACAAAUUGGAGUUGUUGAUGAUAUAUUGUGGCUGUCAAAAAUGAUGUUUUGUCUCUGUUGUUCUUUCCUCAUAAUUCUAAGUCAGGCAGGCUGAAUAGUUGCAAUAAGUGUGAGGACAUAUUUAGAGCAUUUCUUUACUUCGUCUUAUGUAUUUGAUCAGAUUAACUCAUUCAUUAGUUUUGUAAGCCAUGUAAUAGUUAGUUCACACUAAUUCUUUGUUGUUACAUUGCACUGUUGCACAAGCUUAGUAUUAAAAUCUAGACAGAAUUUAUGAUUUGCACAUAAAUGUUUGCGUUAGUCUUUUAUUUUAAAGGAAUAGUUCACCCAAAAAUGAAAAUUCUCUCAUCAUUUACUCACACUCAGCCCAUCCCAGUUGUGUAUGACUUUAUUUCUUCUUCAGUACACAAACAAAUUUUUUUUUUUUUUUAAAUAUCUCAGCUCUGUAGGUCCAUACAAUGCAUCUGAAUGGUGACCGGAACUCCAAAAAGCACAUAAAGGAAGCAUCAAAUUAAUCCAUGUCUUCAGAAGCUAUAUAAUAGGUGUUGGUGAAAACAAUAUCAAUAUUUAAGUCCCUUUUUUACUAUAAAUCUCCACUUUCACUUCCAAAUUCUUCUUUUGUUUUUUGGUGAUUUUCCAUUCUUCACGCAUAUCACCACCUAUUGGUCAAAGGUGGAGAUUUAUAGUAAAAAGGACUUAAAUAUUGAUAUGUUUAUCACCCACACCUAUCAUAUCGCUUCUGAAGACAUGGAUUAAACCACUCGAGUCUUAUGGAAUACAUUUAUGUUUCCUUUAUGUGCUUUUUAGAGCUUCAAAGUUCUGGCCACUAUUCACUUGCAUUAUAUGGACUUACAGAACUGAGAUAUUAUUCAAAAAAAUCUUAAUUUGUGUUCUGCUGAAGAAAGAAAGUCAUACACAUGUGGGAUGGCACGAGGGUGAGUAAAUGAUAAGAUAAUUCUCUUUUUGGGUUUGACUAUUCCUUUAAAAGGGACCUGUCAUACAUUUUAAUCCCAUUUUAAAAUGUUGAGCAGGCUUGUCUACAAAAAUUGUUUUGAGACAGCAUGGAUGGACUUUCUUCCAAAACUUGCAACAUCAUUUGUUUGACAUCGUGCAGAAAGCAGGUCUGACAAAUGUCAGUACAAUUAGGACAAUGUUUGUCAUCUCUUAUUGCUGUCCUUACGCUGUAAUAAGACAUAUAGUUAUAGUUCAAAUGUACAAGAGACUAAACCUGUAUCAAAUAUAUAUUUAAUUUACAGUACGCUGUGGAGAUGGACAAAAAUAUGAAUAUUUAAAAAAAGUAUAUGUUUGAUACAGGUUGAUUAGAAAUUCUAGUUCUAGAACAGUUCGCCUAGAACAGUUGUAGUUCUCAGGGGAGAAGACUUGCAAUCUUAAUGCACUGGUAACUAUGCUGUAUGCCGAAUGCUGUAGUGUGAAUUUAUCGUCAUGGUUUAUUCAAGUAGAUCAUGCUAAUAUAUCUUAUUUAUUAAGAUAUAGGAUUAAAUAGGAAAAUUUAGGAUAUUUACAGUUUUAGCACAUAUUAAUAUAUAUAUGAUUAUUGUACCACUAGAUUCUAUUUCAAAAUGUAUAUUAAGAGAUGAUUACUAGAGAUCAAUAAAUUGAAAUGGUAAAUCUGC